CUGCUCUAAGUUUUAAAACUUUAUUGUUAAUAGUUAUGUGUGAACAGUGGCGUACAGUGCCACAUGCUGGCAGCUUGUGUAACUAGGAAGAAUUUUUGUUGUUACCUAUGAAGAGGAGGAAGAUUUGGUCGUGGCGACUUACAGGUUCUCAUGCAGACCAUGGAUUCUUUGAUGGAAACAGAGUAUGCAAAUGAUAGUUAUGACUAUGAGUAUGACAGCAACAUUACUACACCUCUUAUAAAUCAUGGGACUGGAAAAGUUUCAGUCGUUGACUGGUUUUCCAUAUUCCAGUACAGCCUUGUGGUCGUGCUUGGUAUUCCUGGGAACGGCUUGGUGGUGUGGAUCACAGCCUUCGAAAUGAAACGCACAGUGAACACCUUAUGGUUCCUGAAUCUAGCAGUGGCUGAUCUCCUGUGCUGUCUCUCCGUGCCAGUUAACAUUAUGACAUUAUUAACCCUGGGACACUGGCCACUGGGCCUCUUCGCCUGCAAGUUUAUUUCUUCCAUUCUGAUAAUCAACAUGUAUGCCAGCGUCUUCAUCCUGACUUUGAUCAGUAUAGAUCGGUGUGCCUUGGUGAUGAAACCUGUAUGGUGUCAGAACAACAGAACUCUACGAAAGGCCUAUGUAGCAUGUGUCGUAAUGUGGAUCCUGGCCGUCAUCUUGAGUAGCCCAGUCCUAAUCUUUCGAAACAUUAGGGAGCGCAAUGGAAUAGAAUACUGUGUACUUGACUAUACAUUGCUUAGACACCACAGACAGACAGUGGAGGACUUCAUUGGCCUUUGCCGUCUCCUUAUUGGGUUUGUCAUCCCAUUUCUGGUCAUCAUUGGCUGCUAUGCAAUGCUGAUACGUUGGGUGAAGUUACGAUUUACACAAAACACCAAGACGAUUAAAGUAGCCAUUGUGGUAAUCAUUGGUUUCUUUGUUUGUUGGCUUCCUUUCCAUGUGGCAGCGGUCAUCAUAGCUAUGAAUUCAUUUAGUUCUCCAUUAUAUCACCGCACAAAAGAUAAUUAUAACAUUUUCAUUGGCCUGGCAUUCAUGAACAGUUGUAUCAAUCCCAUCAUUUAUGUGCUAAUGGGUCAAGACUUUAAGAGUAAAUUUAAAAGGUCUUUCAAGGUUACUCUAAAGAAUGUCUUAGAAGAAGAUACAAAUCCCUCUUUUGACUCCAAUAGGUCAAAUCUAACAUCUGAAACAAAGAGCACAGAAACAUCUAUUUAGUAAGCGUUUCAUGGAAAGGCUACUGCAUGUGAGUUACACUGCAAGUUACACCUG